CUACUGCGAAUUUAGCAGAAUGCAGAUGAGGGACAUUGCUUCCCGACAUGCGUGUUAUAUUCUUUCACUGGCGCAGUUCUGGAAGUACCGAGGCAAAGGCAUGAAUGCAUAGUCAGCCUCCGUCCAAAGGAGCAGUAAAGGAAACUCCUACAUUACAACACGACACAACGGGACAAAGUGCUAGUGCUGCUGAAUGCUGAUAACGAUGACUGUACGAUUACCAAAAAACAGCAAUUUGGACGUGAUUGUUUUCAAGAACAAAUAGCAUUACUGGUGUUUUAUGUUAGGAUUUUUAAAAAGUAUUUUGUUUUCCGAAGAGAAAGCUGCGGAAUUCUUCAUGGCAAGCAUAUUAAUACAGUCUGAAACAAAUUACCGAGUUACGACCAGGGAACAGAGGCGUUAAUUAAAACAAACAACUGCAUUAUAUUGUAAGCUGUAUACACAGUUGCUUGGCUGCAUUGCUGAAGUUCUAUCAAUCAGACAAAUCGGAUGUAGCCAUUUACAGUAACUUUAUGCCUUCAUAAAAAAAAAAAAAAAAAAAAAGGGACACGCAUCCUGUGACUUGUACCGUUAUAUUAAGGGAAAUACCUGCGUCAGUCUUUCAGGAAAUUUAAAGAGAUGGCAUCCUUCUUCUGCAUGUUGUUUUUGGUGACUUAACGGUUUCCCAAGAUGUUUACUGGCAUGAUGAGGUUGGAGGGCCUGGGCUCUCCCUCCAGUCCCAACAAUGACAGAACAGGCAGCCUUCAGCUACACUCUGCUCGCUGCAGCCGGGAAGAUGAGCCUGAAGUACUGCCUACGGGAACCAGUUUCCGGAAAAAAAUACUUCAUAGGAGACCGGGUUAUAUGAGAGGAGAGCAACAGAAAUGCUUAGAGUCUACAGUGGAAGAAAAUAGCAAAAGACCCUGCCAGCGACCUGGGAUGAGUAGAAAGACUUAUACAGACAUUCAGGAAUAUGGUCUUGAGACUUGUCGAAUGCUUAACUUAAAGCAGUCCGUAGAUACUGACCACCACAUUGUACAAUAUAGCAAUCCAAAAGCAGCUGCCGAUUCUGUACUAAAUAGCUCUAGCACUAUAACCUUGCAUUUGUCCUCAGUUGUGAAUGUACCGGCAUGUAAACAGUCCUUGACCAACAGCAGCUGUAGAAACUGCGGCACUACAGAUGCUUCUCAGAAGGGACCUUGGCCAUGUGAAUGUCAGACAAAUCAACAGAAUAAUAAACUUCUUGAAAGGAAACGUACGAGCAUGAAAGUGGAACCUGCAUUGCAGGAAAUGCCUUGUACACCUUCUAAGGAAAAUGGUAAUGACUCUUUGGACUCCGUGGAUGACACCUUCAACUCAAGCUUCAGUUUUAUACAGAAAUCUUUGAAUUCGAGCCAUGGGGUGGGAAAUGCAGGAAAUGAUUCAAAACACUUGCCUGCGGUCGGCCUGGAAGAACCUACAAUAUUACAGGAUGAAACAGAUUGCGGUUUUUCCAAAAUGGAUAAAACAGAUAAUUUCUUCAGCAAAGACCUGUGGACAGACAUUGAGAGAAUGUCUUGGCAGCACAAUCAGAUUGACGAAAGUCAACCAAUCACAGAUGCAGAUAUGAAACAAAGGCUGGAGGACUCGGACACGUUCUCCGUUGACACUGAAGCCAUGUUCUCCUUCUCUGUGGAUACCUCAGAUGCAGCGUCCGCCGGAUCCUCUGUCACCUCGGGCUACGAGAGCAGCAGCAGUAAUACUGAUCAAACCUGGGACGCAGUACUGAAGAAAUACGAUGGCUUCCUGCAAGACUGUCUGCAAAGUAACCGAUCUUACAUAAAGAUUGAGGCUUCAUUGUUAAAGCUUCAGAAACUUCAGGAGAAGGCAAUACAAGAGGAUGACUAUGACAGAGCUGACAAAUUCAGAAAGAAAUUGGUAGAGCUGAAAAGAGAGAGAAGUACCCUAAAGGUUGGACUGCCAUCAAGACAUCCUAUAGUCUCUAGGUUUCUGGAAAGACUGAAAGACCAGGCACAAUCGGCCUUACAGCAAGCUUAUCGUGACUGUGGGUCUGACAAUGAAGGGAUUCGACAUUCACAAAAGCUAGAAAAGGAGGUCACAUGCUCAAGUCAAGAGAAGACACAGGGAUCUAUAUUCAGAAGAGGCCGACUCAUUCAAGAAAAGCAACAGUUAAAGAAGGAAAUUCAGGACCUCAGAAGAAAGUUAGCAGAGCUCGAAGUGAAAGACUACCUAUUAAGUAAGGAAAUUAAGGAGGAAGACAGACUAAUUCAGUCCCAGGACAGUGAGAUGCCUUCCCUGCUGAACACACCUCUCAGUGAGCUGCAGGAUAUGAGUAAAGCCCUGGAUGAAAUGGAGAACUCUGUCCAUCGAAACCACCUCUUCACUGAGCUUCCCCGUCACAUAAAGAGCCUCAAAGAAAGGGAACAAUCACUGAGCACAAUUAUUAAAGAGGCUACAGCAAAAGUUUUCAUGAGUCAGAAACUGUGCAGCAGCCUAAGAAAGAAAGCUAGUGAUAUUGAGACACAACUACCACUCCUACACGAUGCCAAAAUGGUAGCCAUAUCAGGAAAUGAUUUCUCCACUGCAAAGGACCUGAAGGAAGAAAUUAGGUCAUUGAGCUCAGAGAAAGACAGGCUGGAAGAGCUCAUUAAGAAACUGCAGGCUUUGAGCACUGAUAACGACCGAGCAUUAGACAUGACGAAAGAGGACUACAUCAGGGUGAAACAAGAGCUGGAGCUCAAGGAGACUCAGUUUGAAAAUAAUUUGAAAGACAAUGCUGCCAAGUACGUUGAAUUGUUGGAAAAUAAGAUAAACAGCUGUGGGAGUCAGCUGCUGGAGAGAGUGUGGGAAGCUGACUUGGAGGCCUGUCAUCUGCUUGUCCAGGGGCUCCAUCUGAAAGAGUCUGGAUGCUGUGUGUCAGAGGGGGAGGAGAGCCGAGCCGAUGAAACAGAGCCAAUGGAUGACCCAUGCUCAGAUACUGAAACCAAAAAGGAAUGUGAUUUUCCAAAGCUGGGGGUGUGGAAAGCUGUUGAAUGCACUGAACAAAAGCCCACUGAAUUAACUGAGAAAUUGGAAGUGUUUUUUUUCGGCAAAGAAGACAAUCAGCCUGGGGAUGCCUGCCCAACCCAAAUAACAGAGCAGUGUGAAUCAAUCAGUGAGAAAUUGCUUUCCUUGGAGCACCAGCUGCAAACAGCUAUUCUACACCGCGAUGAAGACCUUACUCAAUUUCUGCAGAGUGAGAUCCAGAUGGUGAAAGCAACUCUGCAGGCAAUGCUGGAACAGUUACAGGCCUCCUCCGAGGAAGGGGAAAAGGAGAGGGAAGACUUCUUUGGCGACAGCUGGUGACUGGGACUGGGAGAAUGAAUGACCACAUCAUAUUUUAUAGUAAUGCACAGGGGACCGUUUUUAGUAACUAAACACUGCCUUUUCAAGCCCCAGGGAACUAGUAUUGGGGCUGACCCAGCAUUGGGUAGAGCAGCUGAAUCAAUUAUAUAGAAAAUGAGCCCUGGUGUCUAACAGCACAUGCCCUGCACAAUCAUUUCACUCACUGACACUCUUUUACUGUGGCUUUUUCAGCUGGUGUGUUCAGUUCUUUUAAAGGAUUGGCUCGGUAUAAAAGGAUACCGACCUAUUUCCUGGCGUAUGUUUAUGUGCAUGUAUGUGUUCAUUCCAUACAGCGUGACUUAGCAAAGGACGGUGUUUGUAUAAACUAGGCUAGAAUUUUAACCACUUGAACAUUGCACGUUUUGAUAAGCUCUUAAAUUCAGGGUGCGUAACAUAAAGAGUUCUGACAUAUUUGGUUUGGCUUUUAAAGCAAUGUUGAAAAUAUUUUGCCUUUUUCACUGUUUUGAAUAUACAAAUACCCCAAUCUGUAUGCUAUAGCUAAAGGUUACUGUAUCAGUCUUGUAAUUUUAUGUAUUUCCGACAAUGGUCUAGUUUCAAGCAGACCAUGUGUCCUACAGCAAAGGCACACAUCAUGAAGCAGUUUAUCUAUGUUUGAGAUAUUUGAAUAACCUAAAAAAGAACCAAAAGAUUCUGAACACAAUAAAAGCUGGGCCAGUAAUAAAGAUAAUAAAGCAAAUAAAAGCUUAGAAAUGUAAUUGGUUGGCUCUCCUUUAGAAUAUUUUUUGUAAGACGGUUUGAAUGGAUUAAAGAAAAAGUAUUGCGUCUUAAAAUAUGUCUGCUUAAUAACAUUAAAUAAAAAAAUAUUGAAAAAGUUAAAUAUUUUGAUGAAGGUAACCACUUUGUGGCUCAAACCAAAUCCUACUGUGUUGAUAAUCCUGUGUGUAAGUGUUGGUAUCAAGUACUGUAGCUUUUUAAUGUAAACGCAAAAUGAUAAACAUUCCUGGGAUGAGGUUACAUAGUUCUGCAAAGCAAUGCACUGGGUUAUUUCAAAACUAGAAUGAAUCCAAAUCAGAUGUAGCAGGCUGUGAUGGGGUAAUGUUCUCAAUAUACUAAGAAGCUUGAAGCAUUGCCCAAAACCUAUCUGCCAAGAAGCUUAGACAUAGCUGAAGGAGAAAGUGACUAAAUGAAUUCUGACAUUCCAGAAUGUCUAGCUUCUUGUGCAGGCAAUAUUCUACGGAUUGUAAGAUGUUUUAUGCUUUACUAGAAGAGUGAUCAUUUUAUAUAACUAUAAAGGACACUUUAACUGUAUAUAUUUUAUAUACUCUAUGCUCCACAUUAAUGGAAUUAUGAUAUGUGUUUUUCCCUGUAACAUUUCUUAUAAAUAACUAUUAUAUUACGUUUGUCAUUGGUCCCCAACUCGCGUUUCACUUUCAAACGUCAUGGAGCCCUAUUUAGCCAAGGCAAUGUUUUUUUAAAGGAAUAAAACCAUUUUAACAACAUACAACUAGCAGAAAAUUGGUUUCUUGCUAGAAUUAUACUUCCCAUGACAUUUUACACAGUGAUGGGAACAUUAUUUUUGCUUCAUGCUUAUCACCCAGCUUGUGGGGUCAGCACAGCCCCCUGUGUGUAGUAUAGUAUACCAAUCUUAUAAACAAUAUAUAUUUCUUUAUGUAGAAACAAGAGACCUUGUUCAUAAGUUAUUUUUAUGAUAUGAAGUCAAAUAUGGCAUUCUGUGAUAGAUUUCCCUAAAACUGUAUUUUUUUUACACUAAUUACAAGACUUAUAAACCUUUUGUGGUUUAAUAAAAUCAUAUUUGCUUGAGCAAUAUUAUGAAGGGUUCUACCACUAUGUCAUAAUACCUUAACUGUAAACAAAGAAAAAAAUUAACUAAUUUAAUAACCAUGUUCUGUAUGUCAAUUUGUAACCAGUAUGUACGGUAUCAAUAUUUUGUAUUUAUGGAUAUUGUUUUUAUACCCUGAAAAAUACAACUUAUGAUUCAACUGA